AUGGUUGCUUAUCGAUUGAAUCUUCCAGAUGAGCUAAGUCAGAUCCAUAACACAUUCGGUGGAGGAGAGCUCUGGAAGUGUGUAUCAGAUGAAUCUACAAUUAUUUCAUUGUGUGACAUUCAGGUGGAGGAGAGCCUGAAUUAUGUUGAGAAGCCCAUUGUAGUUCUGGAUAGAAAUACUAAGGCUCUUUGCAACAAAGAUGUGAAGCCAGUGAAGGUGCAAUGGCAACACUGGAGAGGCUCCGAAUGGACCUGGCAGCCAGAGGACGAGAUGAGAAAGCAUUAUCCAGAUCUUUUCGCAUCAGCAGACUUCGAGGAUGAAGUAUAG